AUAAUAUGAUAUAUUAUGAUAUUAAUCGGUCUGCGCGUCGACCGCCCGCAACUCCCGCCUGACCGUCUAUCACGCACGAAGGACUCAGGCCGGCCGCUACGACUCCAGCUCUUAGGGGGGCAGUGGCGAAAGUGCUUCCAAAUAUCCAACUAUAAAAACACAAGGCACUAUCCGAAUAGCAUCCAGUCCGAUUCCCGACUCCAUCACCGUCUAAGAGGCAUUAUGAAAACAACGAUUUAUAUAGCUCUCUUGCUGGUAGCAGCAGUUGCUGCCAGCGAGAAGUCGACGGAGCAGAAGGCUGAACCACUAGAGAAGAAAUUAGACAAACGUGGUCUCUUAAACUUGGGAUACGGUUAUGGCAUCAGCGGGCUCGACGUAGGAUACAUCGGUCACGGAAACGGUCUCGGUGGCGCCUACAACUUGGGUGACCAAGGAGGUUUCGCUCAGGGCUACGGCAGCAUCGACCUCGGCGGCAGAACCGAUACCACCAGGACCAUCACCCUCCUUAAAGGAGUGCCAGUCGCCUACCCAGUCGACAGACCCGUCCCAUACCCAGUGGAGAAACACGUCCCAUACCCCGUGAAGGUGCCCGUACCCCAGCCCUAUGAAGUGGUAAAACACGUACCCGUCCACGUCAAGGAAUACGUGAAAGUACCAGUUCACGUACCUGCCCCAUACCCAGUAGAAAGGAAGGUUCCCUACCCAGUUCACGUUCCCGUCGACAGGCCUUACCCCGUUAAGGUUUUAGUGCCCCAACCUUACCCAGUUGAGAAGCACGUACCUUACCCCGUGAAGGUGCCCGUGCCCCAACCCUACCCCGUGGAGAAACAUGUGCCAUACCCAGUCGAAGUUAAAGUGCCCGUUCCUCAGCCCUACCCAGUGGUGAAGCACGUCGGUUAUCCCGUCAGAGUCCCAGUUGACAGGCCCUACCCAGUUCACGUACCCGCCCCAUACCCCGUUGAGAAACCAGUGCCCGUCCCCGUCCACGUCGAGAAGCCAGUCGCCUACCCCGUCCACGUUCCCGUAGACAGGCCCUACCCCGUCCCAGUCGACAAGCCCUACCCCGUGCCCGUCAAGGUUCCAGUCCCAGAGCCCUACCCAGUCUACAAGCACGUCCCAGUUGAGGUAGAGAGGCACGUCCCUUACCCAGUCAAGGUUCCCGUCGACAGGCCCUACCCCGUUCACGUGGAGAGGCCCGUCCCCGUAGAAGUUGAAAAGCCCGUCCCAGUCCCAGUCAAAGUACCCGUCUACGUUGGACACGACCAGGGACACGGUAGCUACGGAGGCAGCUAUGGAGGCUCAUACAGCAGCGGCUCCGGAAGCUCAUACAGCAGCGGAUACGGAGGCUCAUACUACGAACACUAGGGUAUUAAUAAUUAUAUAGCUUUAAACUAUUCAUACGCUAAUCUCACCAGUGCUAUUUAUAUCUCGCCAGAUACGGCCGGGACACCAGCAAACUAUCCUCUUGUAUAUUUAUACUGUCAUUCUUUGAGAUGUCAUGUAAAAUAAGUGUACUACGUGAUUGCAUAGGAGUACAUGUACGUUGUGAUGUAAAGGUUACCAUUUCUAGGUUAAGUUGACUGUAAAAUAUGAAAUAAAUAAAAAAUUAUAAAAUA